GACAGGACCUUGCUGAUGGUGGACCCUCCUUCCCAGCGUCUCCUCCUCUCUCUCCUCUCCUCUCCUCCGCUCUAUCCUUUCCCUCUUCAAUCGCAAAGCUUCGCUCAACGACUCGACACCGCGAUCAGGGAUGCAGCGAGGGCGCAGCGCAGCCUAGAAAUGGCACCACCACGCGCACCGUGGAUCUAUCCAUCCCUUUCCCUGCUGUCUUCCCUUCUCCUCUUUUUCCAAGCGUCUCCGCCGUGCACAGCCUUACGGAAUUACCCGGAGAAUGAAGUUACGUUGCUAGACUCCAUGUCAGCACUGGCCGACCUCGGCUGGGAGGCUUACCCUAUUGAAGGGUGGGAGGAGAUAAGUGUGAUGGAUGAGAGGAACACUCCGAUGAGGACCUACCAGGUGUGCCACGUAAUGGAGGCCAAUCAAAACAACUGGCUGCGGACGCGGCACAUCAGCCGGGAGGGAGCGCAGCGAGUCUACAUUGAGAUCAAGUUCACCCUAAGAGACUGUAACAGCCUGCCUGGGGUCUCUGGUACCUGCAAAGAGACUUUUAACAUGUACUACUACGAGUCCAACAAUGCCAACCUGUGGUUCAUCAAGGAAAGCCAGUAUGUUAAGAUUGAUACUAUUGCUGCAGAUGAAAGUUUUACACAGGUGGACGUUGGUGACCGAGUUCUGAAGCUGAACACAGAAGUGAGAGACAUCAGUAACCUGAGUAAAAAGGGUUUCUACCUUGCCUUCCAAGACCUUGGAGCAUGUAUCGCCCUGGUCUCAGUCAGAGUCUUCUACAAGAAGUGUCCUCUGACAGUGCUCAACUUGGCCCAGUUCCCUGACACAAUAACAGGAGGAGACACAGCUCUGGUGGAGGUCCAUGGGGUUUGUGUGAAUGCCUCGGAGGAGUUUGAGCCGCCCAAGAUGUACUGCAGUGCGGACGGAGGCUGGCUAGUCCCCAUUGGGAGAUGUGUUUGCAAACCAGGGUUUGAGGAGAACAAGGACAUCUGCCAACCGUGCAGACCUGGAACAUACAAAGCUUCAGCCACAGAUGCCUACUGCACCAAAUGUCCUCCGCACAGCUCGUCCCCACAGGAACAGGCCAUCGAGUGCAUUUGUGAAAAAGGCUUCUACCGCGCAGAGACCGACCCACGCUCAAUGGCUUGUACACGUCCUCCAUCUGCUCCAGAAAACCCCAUAUCCACCGUGAAUGAGACCUGUGUCUCGUUGGAAUGGUCGCCGCCCCACGACACAGGGGGCAGAGGAGACAUUACCUACAGCCUCCACUGCAGGAAGUGCUCCGGUGAUGGUAAAAAGUGCGCACCAUGUGGGAGCAGCGUCCAUUUUGUCCCAAGACAGUUUGGACUCUUGACAGCCAGUGUUAUGAUCACCGACCUGCAACCAGAUUCUAACUACAGUUUUACUGUUGAGAGCCAGAACGGCGUGUCAGACCUGAGUCCAACCCCCAGGGGUACGGUGGUGAUAAAUGUUACGACAUCGCAGACAGUGAGUGUAGUGUUAAAAGAAAGGCGAAGUAAGGACAGCGUAACUUUGGCCUGGCAGGGUCCGGAGAGACCUAAUGGAGCGAUUGUGGAGUAUGAGGUCAUCUACUAUGAGAAGAACCAGCGGGAACAGAACUACACAGUUCUGAAGACUCGAUCAAACAUGAUGACAGUGGACGGGCUGAAACCUGGGACCACCUACGUCUUCAGAGUCAGGGCUCGAACUGAUGGGGGAUACGGAACUUAUGGGGGCGAGAUUGAACUGGAAACCAGUCAUGAAGACGUCCUGGCCAUCGGGGACCCAAACCAGUCUACUAUUUUGGUUGUGUCCAUUGCAGGAGGGAUCGUUCUCCUCAUCUUCUUGGUGACCUGCUUCGUCGUUAGCGGACGGCAUUGUGGAUACAUAAAGGCCAAGCAAGACCCUGAUGAAGAGAAGAUGCAGUUCCAGCAUGGUCGAGUGAAGCUUCCAGGCAGCAGAACGUACAUCCAUCCUCACACCUAUGAAGACCCAAACCAGGCUGUCCGAGACUUUGCCAAAGAGAUAGAUGCUUCCAACAUUCGCAUAGAGAGAGUCAUCGGAGCUGGAGAGUUUGGGGAGGUGUGCAGCGGUCGUCUGCGUGUUCAGGGGAAGAGGGAGAUCUAUGUGGCCAUCAAGAGUCUGAAGGCAGGAUACUCUGACAAGCAGAGGAGAGACUUCCUCUCUGAGGCGUCCAUCAUGGGACAGUUCGACCAUCCAAACAUCAUCAGGCUGGAGGGUGUGGUAACAAAAUGUAAGCCUGUGAUGAUCAUAACCGAGUUUAUGGAAAAUGGGUCUCUGGACACUUUCCUGAAGAAACAUGACGGCCAGUUCACAGUGAUCCAGCUGGUCGGCAUGCUGCGUGGCAUCGCCUCAGGUAUGAAGUACCUCUCAGACAUGAGCUACGUUCACAGAGACUUGGCAGCUCGAAACAUACUGGUCAACAGCAACUUGGUGUGUAAAGUGUCUGACUUUGGCCUGAGCCGAGUUCUGGAGGACGACCCAGAGGCUGCCUACACUACAAGGGGAGGAAAGAUCCCCAUUAGAUGGACAGCCCCAGAGGCCAUCGCCUACAGGAAGUUUACUUCAGCCAGCGAUGUUUGGAGUUACGGUAUUGUCAUGUGGGAGGUUAUAUCAUACGGGGAGAGACCGUACUGGGAGAUGUCCAACCAAGACGUGAUAAAAGCAAUAGACGAGGGUUACCGUCUUCCUGCUCCUAUGGACUGCCCAGUGGUGCUGCACCAGCUCAUGUUGGAUUGCUGGGAGAAGGGGCGCAGUGACCGGCCAAAGUUUGGACAGAUUGUCACAAUCCUGGACAAGCUCAUCAGAAACCCAGCCAGUCUCAGAGAGCUGGCCAACAGCUCAGCAUGCAGGGAGGACCCACCCACACCAGAGUUCAGCGUGAGCACUGUGGAUGAUUUGUUGGACACCAUCAAAAUGGGCCAGUACAAGGAGAACUUUUCCAGUGCUGGAUAUAUCAGCUUGGACUCCAUCCUAUACAUCAGUGUGAGUGAGCUGACUAAGAUGGGAGUGACGCUUGCUGGCCACCAGAAGAAGAUUCUAUCCAGUGUGCAAAGCCUGCAAGCCCAGGGGACACACGUCCAAGUAUAACAGUGUCCACAUAAACACAAAGAGAGACAGAGUGGAACUGGACGCUCUUGUAAGGAGUCUCCCCCCGCUGAAAUGGAGCUGUAAUGGAUACUAUGUGCUUGGGUCUCUAUUGAUUUUUUUGAGACACACUAAGAUGGAGACAACAUUGACGCUUGACUCAUUCACCCUCCCCUAAUUCCCAACCUGGACGGGCACUUCGACACUCGGACUCUGUCCGAUGCCGCUCACCAAGAUGGGGCAGCAGACAGACAUCAAAGCUGCACACAAAGAUCAUUUCAUGUCAUGUCAACAUAAACGAAAAAGAAGCAAAAAAAAUAAUAACAUACUGACUAAAAA